GCGGAAUGGAAGUGUAACCUCUUAUCCUCCGACAUUGCUCGAGGGUCCCACUGUUAUUCUUCUCACUCUCAUUUGUUUUUUCUCGAUCUCGAGUCCUGGAGCUUCGGGAUACCACGAAAUCCAAAAUGGGCAUCACUCAUAUCGUUUUGUUCCAAUUUAAAGAAUCUGCAAGUCCUGGGGAGAUCAGUGAAGUUUCUCAGCGUAUGCUUGCUUUGAAGGAGAGUUGUAUCCAUCCUACAACUCAAAAACCGUACAUCAUGUCCGCAUCUGGCGGGACGGAUAACUCAUCCGAGGGAAUUCAGAAUGGCAUAACCCACGCAUUCAUCGUCGAGUUCAAAACCGCUGAGGACAGAGAUUACUACGUCUACAAAGAUCCCACCCAUGCAGAGUUCAAGGAGCUCGCUGGCCAAUUUCUGGAGAAGGCACAGGUUAUAGAUUUUACAGACGGAGUGUUCAUGCCAUGAUUGGAUCUUGCGUUGGGGACUUGUUGGUUGGAGGUUGCUUCAGGAUUACCGGGAGAUCAGUGAACCAGAAUAGACGGGAAGAUUUUUCUAUUCCUCUAAAU